AUGAAAAGAGUGGGACAACAAAGUCAAAAAACGAGACCCACAACUGUUAAGAAAACGGUAUCAUUUAUUCAAGAUGCAUCAGGGGAACCAGUAAGUGGUGGUGAUCUCAAACAAACAUCAGCAAAGAUGGUGUCUCAGGUACCCCAAUUGAAGAGUAAUCUUGUGGCCCUUCCGCUUCACAAUUUACUAAUACUAAGUGGAUUGUUUCAUUAUGGAAUAACAGAGAAUGUGGAAUCUGUUAUGCUCAAAGGAUUUAUCACGAGUUUACCAAUUCAAGUGGCGUACAUGUACAUAUUAGCAAAGAAUACAUCUCGAAAGUCGAAACUGACAAACAUUCCACUAUUAGUAACUUCUAGUAUGCUAGUUAGUUUGAUAUUGGCUGUUCCAUUGUAUGCAGCUGUAGUCUUGUUGGGGGCUCCUGUCUACAAUUACACUUUCAAGACAGCUUGCUUGGCAUUGCACUUAUCACAAUUGGUUUUCAAUCCGUUGCUAGUCCUAUACUCAUUAGAUUUUAAACAGUUCAAAUUACUAUUUCAUCAAGACCGUUUGUACUUUACCAUCUUUGGGCAUCCUAUUUUAUCACAAAUUUUGUUGACACUAGGUGGAUGUUGGUUGGGGGUGAUACCUAUACCGUUGGAUUGGGAUCGACCAUGGCAGCAAUGGCCAAUUACAUUGUUGGUGGGUGCGUAUAUUGGGGGUAUAUUGGGAAGCGUGCUAUCAUUGUUGGUCAACGCAUGGUUCAGAAAGUAG